AUCGAAGUGGGCGAUACGUGCCACUUGAUGAUAUCAAGCGCAGGACGCAGCUAUCACCUGAAGGCCACCUCUGAAGGGGAGUGUCAGCGGUGGGUGUCGGCCCUGCAGCAGGCCAAGGUCACUGCCACAGCCUUGAUUCAACACUCUGGUAAGAGCUGGUGACAGCAAUGAUCAGACCCUCCAUGAUUUUGUGACGUUGUGAUCGCACAAAUUCAUGCAAAUUCAACCAAUCCCUGUGAAUUAUGCCCGGCCUUGCAACGUUGUCCAAUUAUGACAACUUUCCCGCACAUUCUGGCCAAAUCAUUGUCAUUUUCGCUAAUGGAAUUUGUCCCUGAUUAGCACUCAAAUCCCUGUGUGAACUGUCAACCAAUCUAAUGUGUCCCUGCAUCUCCUGCUCACGUCCUCACGUACUAUACAUUGACCGAGAUGUGGGGUCUGUACUAUGAAGCAGGAUUUCUCCUCAUCCUGGAUGAGUUUGAGAAUUAACUCUGAAUACGCCGUACUAGGAAGCUGGUUUGCUUCUUAGCAGCAUAUGUCGCCACGGUAACUUAUAUGGGGUACAGCCCACUGACCAGUAAGAGCUCAUAGCUCGUUAAAUCCCUGCCUACUGACCAAUCAGUUGUCCCAAAAAAAUGACGCUAUCGUUCACUGACAACGUGCCGAUUCAGCACAGAUAGUAACAGCAGUUCAGGCUUUAAAAGCAAGGAUUUGCCAAGAUUUGGCUGCAAAAUCCUUUUGAUUUUCUCCAUCAUUUUCAAGAGGAAAGUUCUACAUUGUUGUUGGAGAGAAUGACUUAUAGCUUCUGGGCUCGUAUGUUUCCAAAGUGACAUUGAAACAGUGCGCUUGCAGUGCCCAUAAAAUUAGAGAUAAUAGUUUUGUUUUUCAAGUAUUUUAUUUUAUUUGAUAUAUCCAGUAUCUUUUCUGUUGUUCUUGUUAAUAAAAGUGAAAUUAAUCUCAGAUCCCUUCCGUUUGUCGCUCCUCAUUAUUGCUAUCAUGACAUCUCGGCAGCUCCUCUGAUUUUCAGUGCUGCAAGGUCUUUUCUUCUUUAUUUUAUUUAUUUUACUCGUAUGACACAGCUUAUCGCUUUGAAUAUUAUUUUUAUGUGUCAUUUUUAUUUGCUCCUAUGUUCACCUAACACCACCCAGAUUGCAACUGAAAGAAUAAAACAAAAACAUCCAAUUACACUAUUAAGGUCAUGUAUAGUUCAUAUGUACAGUGUGUUAAUGUCUGUCGCUAAUGACGUGGCAAACAUACGUAUUCAUGUGGUCAUUCAUUUUCUGCCAGCCUUCUUCUCUUUCGUUUAGCAGCUGUGCUUCCUUUAGCAAGUACCGUACAAUAUAUUUGUAUUCCUCAUACUUAUCAUAGAUUGUUCUUCCUGCGUGAAGGUGCUGUGCUGCCGUUUAUUAAUCAUUUAUUAUUCAUUCAUUUAUCAUUGUGGAAAUAAAGUAACAAUUUAAAUAAUUAGAUACAAUAAAUAAUAAUUCAUGCUUUAUUUAAUGAAAAAAAAUAAUCUAAAACUGAAUUAAUUCAUUAAAUAGAAAAGCAAAUCCACCCACAAAUAAUUAGAUGGCUAACACAAUGACUAAACUAGCUAUUCAAAUAAACCAAACUUGAUAGGUUAAAAAUCAGCAUGACCAAAGAUUGAAUUUUUAUUUACAUUUUUUUUUUUUUACAUUUUGAGCUUUAAACGGGCAGCGUUGUGGGCUUUCUGAAAAGAGGUAGGCAGUAGAUGGCAGUGAAUGGAUACUGUCAACCACUGGUCCAAUAUACAAUAUUUGUUAUUAAAAACAACAUAAGUCAACAUAAAUAACAAUCAAGGCAUCAUAAAGUGCUUAGAAAGGUCCCCUGGCGUCCAGAGCGGAGUCCAACUAUUGAGGACCCUUGUAGUCGUAAGUCAGAACAGCAGCAGUGUUGUGAAUCCACUAUGAACACAAAAAAUGACCUGCAGGCUUAAUUAAAUGUAUGUUUGUGCUUGUAUUUUAGUUGUGGUGUAGAGAGAUGGACACCAGAGGGUAGUAGAGUUUUUCAGGAAUGACUACUCAAGGUCACCGCACACUGUAAAUUAUGUGCUGUAGUGCUAAGCUUCAUUUAAUCAUGUCACCCUUGCACUGUCAAUUAAAUUCACCCUACAAUGUAAUGUAGCCUAACAAAAUACAUUCAGUGCACGUCUGCUCUAUCAGUGCCCAGUGAUACGCACUCCUGCACAAGCAUUCCCUCCUUUCUCCCUCCCCAUCACUGUGACGACAGCAAGAGCUGAAUGAAUGACCUUCCUGUAGACUCCUCCUCCUCCUCCUCUUCUUCUCAAAGCAGGAAAGAUUACCAAAAAAAGAGAGAAAGAGAGCAGGUGGAUUUUUCAUUCAAAAUAUUUCUCAUUACACUCUGGCAUGGGGGGGAUGAGUGCAGCGUUUUCAAUGAAUGCCACCUUAAGACGACUCGGGAGACGAAGGGCCAGAUGCUGAGGAGGACGAUCGAGCCUUAAGCCAAGGUGUGUUGAAGACGUUGGCCAACAAGCUGGACGACCUGAGCACCUGUAAUGAUCUGAUUGGAAAGCAUGGCGCCGCUCUCCAGCGCUCCCUCAGCGAAGUCGAGGAACUCCGCGGUUGUGCCAACAGCGUGGACAAAUUGAAAAGCGUUAACGAGCGAGCCGCCCUCUUUCGCAUUACCUCCAAUGCUAUGAUCAAUGCUUGUCGUGACUUCCUGGACGUAGCACAGUCUCACAGCCGAAGGUGGCAGAAAGUCCUGCAGCAUGAGAGAGAGCAGCGUCACCAUCUGGAGGAGACCAUCGAGCAGCUAGCCAAACAGCAUAACAGCCUGGAGACGGCCUGGAGGGAGAAGCCAACCCCGUAUGCAGGUGUGGAAAGAUCUUGCAAGGGGGAUGAUAGUGAAGAGAAUGACGAAUUCUUUGAUGCCAUGGAGGACACCCCUUCAUUCAUAACCUUGUCUACCAAUGCAGAGACGCAGCACAAACGCUCUGGGAGUAAUCAGAGUAUGAUGAGCGGUGGAGUUCCUCAUGACUGGACCGACCACGAGAAUCUUUUUCUUCUUCAGGACACCCCAGGCUCAAACCACAUGCAGCUACGAAGAGCAAGACGCAGCCGAAUUCCAGACAAACCCAAUUAUUCCCUCAAUCUGUGGAGUAUCAUGAAGAACUGCAUUGGAAAAGACUUGUCAAAGAUACCCAUGCCUGUCAACUUCAAUGAGCCGCUGUCCAUGCUGCAACGGCUGACUGAAGAUCUGGAGUACAGCGAGCUGCUGGACCGGGCGGCUCGCUGUGACUCGUCUCUGGAGCAGAUGUGCCUGGUGGCCGCCUUCUCAGUGUCCUCCUACUCCACCACCAUCCAUCGCACAGCCAAGCCCUUCAACCCUCUGCUGGGUGAGACGUAUGAGCUGGACCGCCUGGAGGACUACGGCUACCGCUCCAUCUGUGAGCAGGUGAGUCAUCACCCACCAGCCGCCGCUCACCACGUCAUCUCACAGCGAGGAUGGACCCUUUGGCAACACAUCACUAUUGAUAGCAAGUUCCGUGGGAAGUACGUGUCUGUCAUGCCACUAGGAAACAUUCACCUGCAGUUCCACUCCAGUGGGAAUCACUAUGUGUGGAGCAAAGUCACAUCAACGGUGCACAAUAUUAUCGUGGGGAAACUCUGGAUUGAUCAGUCUGGGGACAUCGACAUCGUCAACAGCACCACCAAGGACACUUGUCAUCUCAAAUUCUCCCCCUACAGCUACUUCUGCAGAGAAGCUCCACGCAAGGUGACGGGAGUAGUGGAGGACCAAGAAGGCACGGCACAUUAUAUCCUGUCAGGAACCUGGGAUGAGAAGAUGGAGAGCGCAAAGAUAGUAAACAGCAGUCAAGGAUGCGGAGGCUCUGAAGGCAAACAAAAGACAGUUUAUCAGACUCUUCAGUCCAAACUGCUGUGGAAGAAAUACCCCCUCCCGGACAACGCAGAGAACAUGCAUUACUUCUCCGCCUUGGCUUUGACUCUGAAUGAGCCGGAAGAGGGUGUGGCGCCCACCGACAGUCGCCUGCGGCCCGACCAGCGGCUGAUGGAGGCUGGGCUGUGGGAUGAAGCAAACACCCACAAGCAGCGUCUGGAGGAAUGCCAGAGGCUAGAGAGGAAGAGAAGGGAGGUGCAAGCCACCCAAGCCUUGCAGGAAGGGCAAGAGGUGGAGGUAUACCAGCCUCUGUGGUUUGAGAAGAGAACCGAUGACAGCGCAAGAGAAAGCAGCUACAUCUACAGAGGAGGCUACUGGGAGGCCAAAGAAAGGCAGGACUGGAGACAGUGCCCGGACAUCUUCUAGAACACAAACAAACUGCUGUUUUCACUUUCAUGGCAAAACACCAGGGUCAGAGGUCGAAUGCCAGGCUUCCUGUUGCACAUGGGUAAUUUCUGAGCCAAAAAAACACCUGUUGUCCUGCUUCGUAAGACAGAAGGAUUGUCUUGCUCCUUUCAAAGCUGGAACUCUUUAUGCGUAGUUCUGACAGAGACCGUAUCACAUGUUGCUUUGUUAAAUAAAAGACUUGAUUCUUACAGCAGGAGCCUGUAUGGUGCAGCUGCACAGUCAAUCGAAACCAAGACUGCUUUAUAAGCAUUAUUGUUAGAGCAGUAGACUAGAAUCACCUUGGGUGUUUUGAAAGGCACCAACAAAUAAAAUGUAUUAUUAUUAUUAUUAUUAUCAAUCAGUUUUCAUGUUAAAAGUGAACUAACUCGUCGUCAUAAUAGUAGUAGUGGAAUGCUACCGAUAGCUCAUGGAAAUAGACAUAAGCUCUUCCUUGUCCCUCAAGAAUGUCAUUAGAUAAGACAGAUUUGACAGAAUAUUACAUUAAAAUAUUACCUGAGUGGGUCUAACUUAUAUGGUGGAUGUGUUGUGUAUCAUUUUAAUUAAAGUGUGGUACCAGGCAAAAGUAUGGACACACAGUACUUUCCAAUGUUAUUAAAUGAGAAUGCGAGUCAACAUAUGACAGGUACUGUAUAUCCACGAAAACGGUGUUCCCCAACCUUAAGGCACGAAGGCACUUACAUUAGAAAAAAUCUCACAGAACACAACCACGUAAAAAUGUUGAAUGAAUGGCAACGUGUAGAUGCUCGUGGUAAUUAUGUACCUGCUGCCAUCUAAUGGUUUGUGGCACAAAGGUUGAGAGUUACUGCACUAAAAUACAGGUCAAGUGGAUUAAGUGUAGAAUUAUGUUUAAACCGCACACUUGUGGGUUUAGUUGGACUACUUUGAAUAAUACUGGUAACGUGCGUGGUUACAGUCUAGCAAUGCACCGCACUGUUACUUGUGGAACAAUUGAAAUAUUCCCGGGCAAGCGAGUAAAAUGUGCUUCUAUGCGGCACAAAUGUUUGUACAUGCACAAUAUAGAAUUAAUAGUAUAGUCAUCUGUUUGUUUAUGGGUCUUAUCACAUGAACGUGUAUAUGACUCACUCGUCGACUUUAACCUGUAUACAGCAAGACAUGUAUUUGAAGUACAAUUAUUCACAACUGUAAAAAAUACUUGAAUAUCUAUAUUAUGGUUGCUAUUUAACAAAAUGAGUUGUUGAGAUGUUUGCUUGAAUGACUCACUUUAUUCGAUAUUGUUCAAAUAAAGCACAACACGCAAGUUGACCUGCAACUUAAUACUGCGUGUACCUAACUACAAAGGUUUUGAUGCACUACAUGUACUGUACUGUAGCUAUGCAUGUUUUUUUGAAGAGGGUAAAGUAGUGUGAAGCCCUUUCACCUAGUCUCUUAUUACUGAAAUGUGAUGUGAAAUCACCAUUUGUGCCCAAAGACCUUGAAAAUGUUACUUUUUUUUUUUUAGUUCAAAUAAAAACAUGAAGGUGUCGCCGUGGUGUUGCUUGCUGUCAGGCCGUUUUAUGACUAAUUCACUAUAAACUGUAAUUUAGCCUUCAAGAGAUCCAGGGGACAUUUUAUGGCAUUCAGUUUUUUAAUAGUUUAAUGAACGAUAGGCUAAACAACAUGUUAUGUGUGGUUUCUUUUGUUUCAGACCUGUUUAACAAGUUACAUUAAGAAACAUCAUGUGGUUACAUUUGCACGGUUCAACAUGCCUGAAAAGGAGUAGAAAGAAGCAGAGCUUAAUUAAUCCAACCCCUUCGCCAUGUCUUUUACCAAUAGUCACACCAUAUUGUUGUUUUUUUCUUCUUUUUGCUUUUUUCUUUGCAAACAUUGAGUGUGUAUUUACAACAGUGAUCGACAUAUAGAGUGCAUAUAUAACAUACGUGUGGAGGUUAUAAAACACAUUACACAAGACAGGACAGGUAAUGAUACUUAGUCAAGUAGAUGUGCUGUAUUGGAGAGAGAGAGAGAAAAAAAAUUGCACUUACAUGUAUAAUUAAAAAAGGGUAAAUUAAAAUAAAAUUUAAUGAAAAUACGAUUAAAUU